GUAGGUAGUCUUCUCCUGAAAAUAUUACAGAUAAAUACAUAAUGUUUCUGUCUAAAAGAUAACUGUAUAAACAUUAAUUAUCUGCUGUAAAAAUGUUAGCUGCCUUUAGGAAUAUUAUUAGACAAAAUAUCGAUUAUAAUGUAAAAAAAAGAAAUCGAGAUUUUGGUAUAUGAAGUUUCGCUCCUCAGCCCUUCUUCGUUCCAACACCUCGUGGAUGAGGCAUCGGUUGGGUUUGUUUACCACAUCCAGGAGGAAAGCCGGAAAACUCUACAGAUUGUUUUUCCAUUUGUUCCACCUGAAGAAGAUGAGCGGCGAAGCAGAGAAUGGAUCCGGUGACUGCAAACCCUACAAUUUCUCCAACAUACCGUAUAAAAUGGGACAACACUUGGAGUUUGUUGAAAUUUCAGACGAUGGCUACCUCCUACUUGGUGCGUCAAAUCUUGUAGUUCAGACGUGGGAUGGAAGCGUUUGGUAUUUUAACGAUGCAGAUUUAGCGCCGGAUAACACGAAAGCGUUAAGCGGGCAUGGGGUGUCGUCUGCUGUCCCUUGUGGACAGUUUUUGGACAGCAGAGAAAAGGUGAUUGUUGGUGAAGAUUAUGGUGUCCUGUCUCUAUAUUCUGUGACUACAUUUGAAAACAGCUCCGUCCAUUUUAUGCUACAAAUGUCUUGUUCACAACACGAAGGCUGGAUUAGUAGUUUAAGCGUUACACCUUCUAAAGCAAAAACGGUCACUGGAGGAAGUGAUUUGCUGCUUAACCUGCUUGAUAAUGGGACGAUGGUAUCUGAAAUUAUGUAUCCGGUUGCUCAUUCAAAACUGAUCACUGGUGUUCAGUUUAGUAUAGAUGAAGAUGUUUUUGCAUCCUGCUCUUUAGACAGAUCAGCUCUACUUUGGGAUUACAGACAAAGCAAACCAGCUUUAGGUUUAUAUGAGAGCAAUGAAGUCGGUUUGACGUCACUGUCAUGGAAAAAUAAAAAUGAAAUCGCUGUUGGCUCACAAGGAGGAAAAAUUUUCUUAGUAGAUAUAAGAACACUAAAUCGCCUAUAUGAAGCUCAAAUACAGAGGAAACCCGUCCAUAAAAUUGUUUUUAACAACGACGGGUUAUUGGCGACUUGCUGUGAUUCUAAUGUAGUUACCGUUUGGGACAGUAAUUCUAACGAAAUUAGGUAUCAAAAUGAUCUCCAUACCGGGCUAGUACGAGGUCUUGCCUGGCAUCCAAUAUCGGGGAAGUUAUACUCGUGCGGCUUUGAUAAGAAUGUAUUUUCACAUUCCAUUACGAGCGAAAGCUGAAUUAUUGUAAACCAAAAGAACUUUCAACUGAUGGGGUACACCAUAUACAGUGGCCUCCUUCACCAACGCGUCCACUGUUUCGUUAUGAAGAAUACCCGCAUGACCUUUAAUCCAGCAUAUUAUCACAGUUUUUCCAUCUUGUUUGAUCAUUGCAAUGGGUAACAGGGUAACAAUAAAUGUUUACGACUA